CCAAAGCCGACAAGGGGAGAGCGCGCGUCCCCAAGCCACGUCCGCAAUCGGCGACGUUCACGCCGUCAUUCCUGAGCGUGCGUGUGACGUAUGACGCCGGAGUUCUGCGAGCGCCAUGAUGAAAGGAUGUAUUUUCCUCUGAUGCUGGAUAAAACCAAGAUGAUGGGGGAUGAAUAGUAUGAAGAAAUAUAUCCUGAAAGUCACAACCGAUUCACAAAAGAAGCAGUUCGUUAUUCAUUUGGCUAAUCCACUGUGGCAUCCCUUUCAUCAUCACCCAAGUGCAGCGGAGGAGUGUUAGAGCAGUGCAGGGAGUAUUUGUGAAUUGGUCAUGCUUAUACCUGAGGGCCCGCAGUAUACAUUUAUAAGGCAGCUCAUCGAUAUAAGGACAACAAAGGGAUGAGCUCCGGAGAGAGCAGAGGAGUGUAAGGCUAACAAGUGGGACGACUCGACAUCGAUUGCUUUUACGUUUCCAACAUCCUGAACAUCUGAAGUUGUAUGCAAUGCAAACUACUGGGAGCACUUACAGUUUCUGGAGAUAGAAAAAAACAAUGGGAAGAGAGUUCCAUCUGUAUUUCCAAAGGGGCACAGGGAUGCCCUCAGUUCCUUCCAUUGCACUUAUUUUCUUAGCAUUAUUAGUCACUGCCAUAUCUGGAGAAACACAAGUGCAGUUUGCUGGACAAACUGAAUUCUUUGUAAAUGAAACCACGACUACAGUCAUCCGUCUCAUGAUUGAGAGGACAGGAGCCCCUGUUAACAUAACCGCAAUAGUCCUGUUACAAGAGGAAAACACUGGGGACUUUAUAGCAACUGCUACUGCUGCAUUCAUACCUGACUGGGAAAGAAAUCGCACUGUCUAUAUUUCUGUAUGUGACGAUGAUCUGCCAGAGGCUGACGAGACAUUUCAUUUCCUUUUGACAUUACAGAAUCCUCCACUGAACACAAAGCUAGGACCUCAAAAAGUCGCCACUGUCACUAUACUGUCCAACGACAAUGCCUUUGGAAUCAUCUCUAUCAAUAUGUCGUCCUCCAUCACAGUGAAUGAGCCACAGGGUAGAAAUCAAUCCUUGCCUGUCAUACUUCUGAGAGAGAAAGGCACUUAUGGAAGCGUGACUGUGACUGUUGAGAUAGAUGGAGGUCCUAAUCCAGCUGAUGAAGAUCUAAUUCCGGCUAAGGCAAACAUUACAUUCUUCAGUGGGAGGUCAAUCUUCAUUUACAACUUGACAGUUUUAGAUGAUCAGAUUCCUGAAAAUGAUGAAAACUUUACCUUAAGACUCACAGACGUGUAUGGCGGUGCAGAGAUCAACAUAACAAAGAGCACAUUGCAGAUAAAUAUAAAAAAAAAUGAUAGCCCAGUGCGGUUUAGUCAGAAUUCUUACAUGGUGCCUGAGACAGAAGACGUGAUAAUCAUCCCCGUGAUAAGAGGAAAGACGUAUACUGAUAUUGUUGUUGGUUCUGAUGACUCUGAAGUCUUUAUCAAAUAUAGAAUAAUAACUGGGAACUCAACAUCUAGCGCGCAGCUCAUAAAAGACUUCAUAGACCUUCAGCCAAACAAUACAAUUAGAUUUCCUCCAAAAGUUCAGGAAAUUGCACUACAAUUUAAAAUUAUAGAUGAUUCAAUCCCUGAAAUAGCAGAGUCAUUUCAAAUUGUUUUGCUGGAGGAAUCACUACAAGGUGAUGCUGUUUUACAAUAUCCAAGCACUGUCUACAUUACUAUUGAACCUAAUGAUAAACCCUAUGGAGUUUUAUCCAUUAACAGUGCCAUUCUUGCACAGAUAGUAAUUAUCAAUGAAGAUGAAGUAUUAAGAUAUGAUGGAAUAACGAUAGUGAGAAAUGGAGGGACACAUGGCAAUGUUUCAGUAAGAUGGGUCAUUAAACGCAACAGCAGUGAUACAUCACCCGUGACCACCGACAUCCAUCCAGAUUCUGGUGUACUUCAGUUUUCACAGGGGCAGAUGAUGGCAACAGUACCCCUCACAAUUGUAUCAGAUGAUGUUCCUGAAGAAGCUGAGGCAUAUCUGUUGCAGAUUUCAAGAGCUGAAGGUGGGGCAGAGCUUGGCUCUCCAACAGAGCUUCUAUUCUACAUGCAAGACAGUGAUGAUGUGUACGGCUUCAUUCAAUUUCAUGCUAUAGAGGAGCAGAAAAUUGAGAGCAGUCCUGAGGGACGAUGCUUGACCUUGAGCUUUGUAAGGCAAGGUGGAACCAAAGGCGAUGUAAAAUUAGUGUAUAAUGCACUGUAUAUCCCAGCUGGACCAGUGGAUCCCAUAAGAGCAAAAGAAGGAGUCCUUAAUGUUUCAUCAAGGAACAGUGUUAUUUUUGAAGAAUCAAGAGCAACUAUUACUGUAAAAUUAUCAAUAAGAAAUGACGCAUUUCUCCAGAAUGGGGCUCAUUUUCUUGUACAGUUAGAAUUCACAGAACUGCUGAGACCCAGCCCCAUAGUGCCACCAUUAAGCCCAAGACUUGGAGCUCUGCAAAAUGUUUCAUUGAAAGUUACUCCUGACAUUGCAAAUGGAGAAAUUGGAUUUAUUAGCAAUCUGCCAAUAAUUGUGUCUGAGCCCGAGAAUGUCUCCUAUAAUGUGGUGUCAGUUGCACUACAACGUGAUGGGACAGGCAAUGAUGCGGUUGUAUACUGGAGCAUGAAACCCUAUGGCUUAAAUAAGAAUUCUAUCACUCUUGACGAUCUAAGUCCCUUCAAUGGAUCUGUGACUUUUUUAUCUGGACAAAGUAACACAGAAAUAAAUAUCACCAUUAAAGCAGAUGAUGUACCUGAAGUCAAUGAAACUGUGAUCAUAUCAUUGGACAGGGUAGAGACAGAGAGAUUUGUGGUUUACUUUGGGGUCAGUGUGGAAAACCAAGUCCUCAAGUCUGGAUUUACCAGCUGUGAACUUACUAUACUGGAAAAUGAUGACCCUGGAGGUGUGUUUGAGUUCUCACCAUCAUACAGAGGACCUUAUCGUGUUAAAGAAGGAGAUUCUGUUGAACUCAGAAUUGCUCGUUCCAAGGGCCUUCUUGUUAAACAGUUUCUGCAUUAUACCAUAGAACCAAAGGACAGUAAUGAAUUCUAUGGAAACACUGGAAUCCUGGAGUUUAACACUGGUGAAAAGGAGAUUGUAAUUACAUUGUUAACAAGGAUGGAUGGGAUACCCGAGUUGGAUGAGAUGUGCUCGGUGGUGUUGAGCAGUCAUGGAGAGUUCCCCACCACGUUGGGGAAGGCCAUAAGAGUUAAUAUAACUAUUUUAAAAAAUGAUGACCCACAUGGAGUUAUUGAAAUAAUCUCUCCAGGAAUUGUGAAAAACAUAAAUGAAAGCAAAGGGACUGACAUUCACUAUGCUGCAUUUGAAGUAGUAAGGCGGCAAGGUAGCUUUGGCAGCAUUAAUGUGACCUGGACUGUUAGCCCAAGUUCAACCCUUGAUGUUUACCCAGAACAUGGUAUACUUGAGUUUAAAGACGGGGAAACUAUGAAGACAAUAACCAUUUCAUCUAUUCCAGAUGAGAUUCCAGAGGAGAAGGAAGUAUUCACUAUAUCUAUUUUCAAUCCCACGGGUGGUGCCAAGAUGGGAAAUGUUACCACAGCCACACUGGAAAUAGAUAGAAAUGAUGAUGCUGUUUUCUUUGCAGAACCAAUGGUUUUGUUUGUUGAGGAAGGCGAGGUUGCCAAUCUCACCAUUAUGCGGAAUGGAUCGGCAGAUUUUGUGUCUUCUGUAACCUACGCCACUGUCAGUGGAACAGCUAUUGCAGAGGAGAAAGAUUUUAUUGCUGUUUCUGGAGAUAUAUUGAUUUUUGAAAUUGGCCAAAGGAUGUUGAAUAUAUCAGUGAAAAUAAGUGAAGAUGAUGUACCCGAAACAGAUGAAUAUUUUUAUGUAUGGCUUUACAACUGUACAGGAGAUACUGUGGUGAGUGGAAAUGGGAAUGCCACAAUAAUCAUCAAAGCUAAUGAUGACCCCAAUGGAAUAUUCUACCUUGAACCCAUUGAUAAAACUGUAGAAGAAGGUGGAAGUAAUGAGUUUAAGGUGCUGAGAGACAGAGGACAUUUUGGCAGUGUUUCUCUGUACUGGCAGAUUAUGCAGAAUGGGUCGGUUUUAAAGCCAGGCCAGGAAUUUGCCGUAACAUCAGGCAUUCUCUGGUUUAAUGACCAAGACACUUUUAAAUAUAUCACUCUUCAUGCUGUUUCUGAUCAAAUUCCAGAGUUCAAUGAGUUCUACAUUCUAAAAUUGGUGAAUAUUUCUGGUGGUUUUCCAGGCCCAGGUGGUCAGCUGGCAGAAAAAAAUCUAAAUGUCACAAUGAUGAUUCCGUUCAAUGAUGAUCCCUUUGGAGUAUUUGUAAUUGGAGCGGAAACACAGAAUCAGGAGGUGGCUGAAGAUGUCUUGUCUAUAGAUGAUUUUAGAUAUGUAACCAACAUCUCUAUCUGGAGACGUCAGGGAACAUUUGGAGAUGUUCGAAUUGGUUGGGAAAUUUACUCCACAGCCUUCAAAACUGUCCUUCCUCCUAUGGUGGAUCUAUUGCUUAUUGCCUCAUUCCCAUCUUCUGUGCAAUUGCAACCACAUAUGCGUCGGCACCACAGUGGAACUGAUGCCUUAUUCUUUAGUGGUGACGAAGGGGCAUUUGGUGUAAUUGAAUCACAGUAUUAUUAUAGUUUAAAUACAACUCUGACAAACUUUACUUUCUCAGCAUGGACCAUACCAAACACAAACACUAAUGGAUUUAUCAUGUCAAAGGACAAUGAUAAUGGAACAAUGUAUUAUGGCGUGAAAGUAGAAACCAAUGACUCUUAUAUCAUGGUCCUGCUAUACUAUGUAACGUUUGGAUCUAAUACUACUUUUGUGGCUAAAGCAGGAAUUUCAAAAUUCAUGGAACAAAGUGCCUGGACCCAUAUACUGAUAACAUUAGACGAUGGAUUUAUUGAGUUUUAUAUUGAUGGAAACCUUGUCCCUGGAGGAGUGAAAAGUUUGAAAGGAGAAGCCAUACACAAUGGUCCAGGAACCUUGCAUGUUGGUGCUGGAGUAAAUGGAGGUAGCAGGUACACUGGUUUUCUCCAAGAUUUAAGAAUAUACAAACAAAGACUUUCUCAAGCAGACAUUACAGAACUUCACGCCACACCAGCCAAAAGUGACCUACACCCAAUUGCUGGCUAUUUGGAAUACAGACAAGGAGAAAUGCAUAAAUCAUUUGUUGUGUCUGCCCGAGAUGAUAAUGACGAAGAAGGAGAAGAACUUUUCAUGCUAAAGCUGGUAUCUGUGCAUGGUGGAGCAAGAAUUCCAGAGGGGAACACAACAGCCAUAAUAAAGAUCCUAAAAAGUGAUAAUGCCAAUGGCCUGUUUGGCUUUACUGGACCUUGUAUUCCUCAGUCUUCAGAAGAAGGGUCUACCAUCUCCUGUGUUGUGGAACGUACACGAGGAGCACUGGACACUGUAUAUCUCUUCUAUAGCAUUACUCAGACAGACUCUGGAGGCACCGAUAACCAAGGAGUUGACUUUACUAUGAGCAGUGGAAAUAUCACAUUUAUACCAUCUCAGAGAUCUAAGGUGUUAAAUCUGGAUGUUCUAGAUGAUGAUAUCCCAGAACUUAUGGAGCAUUUUCGGGUAACUCUUACACAUGCAAUAUCUGCAGAUGGGAAACCUGGAUCCACCCCUACCAGUGGAGCCAGUAUAGACCCUAAUAAAAAAUCGGAAGAUAUUACAAUUAAUGCAAGUGAUCACCCUUAUGGACUACUUCAGUUCUCUGUGGACCCUCCUCCAAGACCAGGUGAUAACAUGACUACUCCUGCAAAAUCUGUUCCUAUUGUAAAAUGCAAGGAGGAAAUAGGACAACUAAAGCUGCUGGUGGUUCGAGCUCAAGGACUUUUGGGAGACGUAAGAGUUGAGUAUAGGACAUCUCCAAUGACUGCAUUCAGUCCACAGGACUACCAGGAAACAGCAGAUUUUUUGGAAUUCCAGCCUGGGGAGAGAUAUAAGUAUAUUUCUGUUAACAUCACUGAUAAUGCUGUGCCAGAACUGGCCAAAUCCUUUAAAGUUGAGCUGUGGAAUGCUGAUGCAAAUGUGGCUGAACUCUUUAGGGACGAAGCGUUUGCUAGUGGUGAUGGUGAGAUGGAAAUGUUCCUUCCAGCUGUACACCAAAGGGCUAGCCUGGGCAUUGCCUCUCACAUCAUUGUGAUCAUUGAAGACUCCGAUGAUGCUCAUGGUGUGUUUGAAUUUAGACGUGAUUCUUUGUUCAUGAAAACAACUGAGCCCGAGUCCGGAUACAGCGCUGUUUCAUUUCAGGUUUUACGUCACGGUGGUGCCCUGUCUUUGGUGUAUGUGUUUUGGAAAAUAGAAUCUGACCCAUUUGGAGACUUGGCUUUCACAUCUGGCAAUGUAACGUUCCAAAUUGGACAAAUGGAUGCAAAUAUAACAAUUGUUGUGUAUCCUGAUGAUGUUCCAGAAUUGGAUGAAGAUUUUUCCAUUGUGAUCACUAAUGUUUCCUUUGGACGACUGGGGGCUUUUACCAAUGCUUCACUUACCAUAUUUGCUAAUGAUGACCCCUAUGGUCUUUUUUUAUUCUCUGAACUUAAUCAGCCCAUAAAAGUUGAGGAAAAAAAUCAAAAUGUUUCCUUAACAAUUAAGCGAAUGAGUGGGCUCAUGGGAUCGGUCAUGGUUACCUACCAAACUAUUAAAGACUCAGAAACAUUUUCAUUCAUCCCUCCAAACAUUGCAAGAGCCACUCAAUGGAAAGACUAUUGGCCCAUCUAUGGAAGUGUUCUCUUUACUUCUAAUAUCAGUGAAGUCAAAAUAUUUCUCCCCAUUUUGGAUGAUAAUGAACCAGAAAGAUCAGAGUCCCUUUUUGUUGAAUUAUUCAAUGUCACAUUGGUUGAAAAAGUACAAAGUAACCCUGUGUUAAAUUCCCCACGUCUUGGAUCCAGAACUGACACGAUUGCACAUGUCAUUAUAAAUGCCAGUGAUGACGCAUUUGGAGUUCUUCAGCUUUCUACUACCUUUGUACGCAUUGCAGAAAAUUAUGUUGGGCCAAUAAUUAAUGUCACUAGAACUGGUGGGAUGUUUGCUGAUGUCUCAGUGAAGUUUAAAGCAGUGCCAAUAUCAGCUACAGCCAGUGAAGAUUACAGUGUAGCUUCGUCAGAUGUCGUUUUACUUGAAGGAGAAACAAGCAAAGCUGUGCCAAUAUAUAUCAUCAAUGACAUAAAUCCUGAAGUGGAAGAGUCAUUUCGGGUCCUGCUGUUAAAUCAGACUACAGGUGGAGCCCUGGUAGGAGACAUCACAGAAGCAAUCAUAGUUAUUGAAGCAUCGGAUGAUCCCUAUGGCUCCUUUGUUUUUCAGGUGACAUCUGUCUCUGUAGAUGAGCCUGACUUCAGUACAACUCAUGUAAAUCUCCCAGUAAUUCGGAAUGCUGGCACUCUUGGCAAUGUUGUUGUUCAGUGGGUCGCUACUAUCAAUGGAAGGAUUGCCUCAGAUGAUCUCCGAGUGGCAACUGGUAACAUUAGUUUUGCUGCUGGACAAACUGUUCGGACCCUGUUAUUAGAAAUCAUGCCUGAUAAUGUUCCUGAAAUUGAAGAGGUAAUUCUUAUACAGCUCAUUGGGGCCUCAAAUGGAGGAACCAUUGGACAGGAAGGAGUGGCUAAAAUCAUUAUUCCACCCAAUGAUAAUCCAUAUGGAACUAUUUCCUUUUACAAAACUGUGUACAAGAUUCAGGAACCACUGGAGAAGAGUUAUUUUGCGAAUAUAACAGUCAGGAGGAGUGGUGGGCGAUUUGGACACCUGCAGAUACUAUACAGCACCACUGAGAUGGAUGUUAUUAGUCUUGCAGCUGAAGAAGGACAGGACAUGCUGUCUUACUAUGAAUCCCCAUUCCAGGGAAUCCCCUUUGUACCUUCAGGAACUACUGUCAACGUUUCUUUAGCCAGAAAUCCCCUUCAGGCCUGUGCCAUUGCAUGUCUUAAAAACCAAGUAUGCUCAUCAUUUUCUUAUAAUAAUGUAACCGGCAGUCUUCAGUGUUUCUGGAUAACAGCGCUGUCAUAUCAACUUGCAAACAGUACACAGUUCUGGACAUAUAAGAAAAACAGUACCAGUGUGUCUGUGUUAUUCAGCUCACAAGCCACAGCCGGGAGCGAUUAUGAAACGGUUACGGGGCAGUGGUUCACUAUACAAGAAGGAGAAGAGUUUGCAAAUAUUACAGUUCCUAUAUUAACUGACAGUUUUCCAGAACUGGAUGAGCGAUUCGUUGUGUCACUUCUUCAAGUCAGGUUACUGAACAUUUCUGCCAGCUUAAUGAACCAGCCAACAAUAGGUCAUCCAAACACGUCAGUGGUUGUGAUCAUGAUGAACGGAGAUGCUUUUGGGGUGUUUGUCAUUUACAACCGAAGUCCAAAUGCCACUGAUGGAGGACACUAUGUUGAAGUGCAAGAGCAACCACAUACAAUAGUACAGCUGGUAAUAGAGCGCCAAGAGGGCAGUCUAGGACAAGUGGUAGUUGAGUGGGGCAUCGUUGGAGGAACCGCAUCCAGAAAUUAUGAUUUUAUAGCAGAUGGAGAACUAUUAGUCUUUGCUGAAGGUGAAACAAGUAAAAUUGUGACCAUUAUGAUACUGGAUGAUACAGACCCCGAGGAGAAUGAGAAUAUUAUAGUUGGCCUGACAUUCACUGAAGGAGGAAGCCGCAUUCUUCCUAGCUCCAAUGCAGUUACCAUAGUCAUUUUGGCAAAUGAUAAUGUUGCUGGCAGGAUUGGUUUUCAGACUGCUUCAAGGUCUGUCAUUGGACGGGAAGGUGAAAACUUGACGUUCAAUGUAUUGCGCACUCCCCCUGGCCGAGGCAAUGUGACUGUUCACUGGAAAAUUGUUGGUCGCUAUAUAGAGAUGAACUUUGAAAAUAGCACAGGAUUUAUUUUCUUCUCAGAUGGGUCGCUGAACACAAGUUUUACUGUUCAUUUACUAGAUGAUCAGAUUCCAGAGGAGAGAGAAGAGUACCAAAUUGUUCUACACAAUGUCAUAACUGAAGGAAUGACGGGCCCUGGUGCAGCCGUUCUUGAUGAACAAGGAUAUGAAGCCGUUCUUACUGUUGAAGCCAGUGAUGAGCCACACGGACUGCUAAACUUUGCUCCUUCUUCAAGGAUUAUUUUAACUCAAGAAGAAGCUAAUAAAACAAUUCAGCUCUUUAUCAACCGAGAAUAUGGAUCCUUAGGAGAUAUUAAUAUCACUUACACUACAUUUGGGACACAUCCCCUGAAUGGUACCAGUAUGAGCCCAGCAGAACCAGGCCUUGACUACAUUGGGACAUCUGGAUCUCUUAUGAUUCUUGAUGGGAGAACAACUGCUGCCAUUAAUGUGACUAUUUUAGAGGAUGAUAUACCAGAACUGCAAGAAUACAUCUUAGUUACUCUAGUGUCUGUGGAAUUGACUGUGAAGUUUGUGACAUCCUCUCCUCCACGACUAGAUGCUGAAGGUUUGUCAGCCCAGAUUAUUAUUGAUGCAAAUGAUGGUGUCCAGGGAGUUAUCGAAUGGCAGAGGACAAGCUUUGAAGUCAAUGAAACCCAGGGCAUAUUAACCCUUGUAGCUUAUCGUAACAAAGGAACCUUUGGAAAUGUGUCAUUGUUUUUCUAUGCACAGAAUAUAGGGGCGCAGCUAGGAAUGGAUUAUAAUGUCACCUCAAUGAUUUUAACAUUUGCCGAUGGUGAAAAAUAUAAAUUUAUUGAUGUAAUUAUCAAUGAUGAUGAUAUCCCAGAAGGAGAUGAAAAAUUCCAACUGAUACUUGCAAAUCCUUCCCAUGGACUGGAGCUGGGCCAGAAUACAACAGCUACAGUCACAAUCCUUGCCAAUGAUGAUGGUUAUGGAGUUAUAUCUUUUAACAACACUGAGCACUUCUUCCUGAGGGAGCCAACAGCACUGUACUUGACAGAGAGUGUUGCGCUGCUCUGUAUUAUCAGGGAGCCUCCACAAGGAAUAUUUGGGACUGUGACCAUUCAGUAUUUUAUCACUGGCGAGAAUGGAUCGGAUGCUUCUGGGGACUUGACUCCAGUAGAAGGCUACGUCAUACUAGAAGAAGGAGUGAGGUUCAAGACCUUGGAAAUUUCUGCAGUCCUGGAUGAAGAACCAGAGAUGGAUGAACAUUUUACUGUCACACUGUUUAAUCCUACAGGGGGUGCUAGACUAGGCACUAAAAUCCACACAGAGAUAACUGUGCUUCAAAACCAAGCACCCCAAGGACUGUUUAGCAUAUUUCCCACAAAUAACAGAACAAGUUCUGUAACAGUUGAGGAAAACAAUGCAACCGUUUAUCUAAAAGUGUCUCGCAGCAACGGCCUGAACAUGUCUGUCAGUGUGGAAUGGGAGACAGUAUCUGGGAGCGCCUUUGGCAUAAAGGGUCCCAACAAUGUGCUGUCUGUCUUGCAAAGUUUCCCCAAUGAGUCAUCUUCUACUUGGUGUUUCUUUUCUCAUGAUGAUAACCAAUAUGCCGUUCUACUGAAAACAUAUUCUGCAACAAACUCUACCUGCACACUGUAUGAAUGGCGUGGAGUAUUUGUAGCUGUUCAGGACUUUGUAAUUGAAAACCCCAUGCGUUGUGUCGUAUUUACAGCAAAUGACGCUCAGGUUGUUGUCAUAACAAGUGGAGUUGGUAAUCUGCCAUCAUAUAACAAGGUCUAUACAUUCACACGUAAAAAUGGAUUAUUGCUGGGACAGACUCUUCAAGUCCUGGGAACAACCAGUCUAAAACAUUUCUCACUGGGAAGUCAGGAAAAUUAUUUAAUCGUUGGAAGUAAUGCAAGCAAUUCCCAGGUGUUUAAAUGGAAGAAUGGUUUGUUUGUACCACACCAAUCUCUCCCUAGCUAUGGUGUUACAGGGAUAACAGUAUUUACUCGUGGCGGAUCAGUCUAUAUGGUGAUGUCCAUUGGCGGUUAUGACCAGAAUUCUUUAAUGUUCUUAUGGUCUAAUAAUCAGUUUGGAAACCUGCAAGAUGUGCCAAUCACAGGGACUAUGGGUGUGGAGUCCCUUGCUCUUGGUGGAGACAUCUAUAUUGUAUUUAUACAAGCAGAAACAGAUUUUAUUCAUAUUUUCCUGUGGGAAUCAGGACAGAAACCUGUGAAAACAUUACAAAUUAUUCCAUUUAAAGCGGCUCACAUGAUUCAUACAUUUAUGCCUUCUUCUGGGCUUGCUCACCUUUUAAUUGCUGGGGAAAAUGUAUCGGAAAUGUAUCGCUUGGACUCUGAGCAGGGACAGUUUUCUUCAUUACUGUUGGCUCCACCCUCUAAACAACUGAUCUCAUCCACAGUCCUCUCUUUAAAUGUCUCCAAAACCAUCAUAGCCUUGGCUGGAGAUUUGAACACACAGAUCUUUGAGUUAACCUCAGUGUCCAAUCAGUCUGACUUCAUUCCAAGUUCAGGUGAGUUGAAGUUUGAGCCUGGUCAGAGUGAAGCUAUAUUCGCAGUUAAUAUCCUUGAUGAUUCCAUCCCAGAGGAGGAUGAAACUUUUAAAGUGAGGCUGAAAAACCCAAAAGCCGGAGCAGAGAUCGGGGCACAUUCCUCUGUCACCAUAAUCAUUCCCACCAAUGACUAUGCCCAUGGAGUUAUUGCCUUUGCCCAGAAUUCACUAAUGAAGCAAGCAGAGGAGAUGGAACAGGACAAUCUCAUCAGUUUUAGCAUUGAACGUCUGUAUGGAACCUACGGCAGAGUUGUUGUGGAAUGGUUUGCCAAUGGCAGUGUUGCCGAUAUAUUUCCUGCAUCAGGAAUGGUUACAUUCUCAGAAGGCCAGGCCCUCACCACAAUCACCAUCACAGUUGUUGCGGACAGUAUUGCUGAGCUUGCAGAGACUGUCAUGGUUGUCCUCACAAAAGUUUCAACAAUAAAUAUUCGGGAUCCCCAUAGAGGUGCUAUACUGGACCCUCAGAGAUCUACAGCUAUGCUGACCAUCCUGCCCAAUGACUCUCCACAUGGUGUGGUUGGCUGGCACAUUAAUUCAUAUUCUGUGAAAGUGGAUGAACCUAUAGGGAGUCCAAUGAACAUAACCCUGCAGAUUACAAGAGAACAGGGCUUUGUGGGCGACAUCGCCAUUUACCUUCAGUCUACGCCAAACUUCUCUCUGCCGCUUUUAAACAGAGCCAAAGAACGUGAAGAUUAUUUCUUAAAAGAUAAAGUCAUAAUUUUAAGAGAAAACAGUGCUUUUGGUCUAGUUAAUAUUACUAUCCUGCCUGAUGAUAUUCCAGAGCUGAAUGAAGGUUUUCUAUUAAACAUCACUGAUGUCCAGUUUGUGAACUUCUCCACCUCAAGUGGAACACCUCUUGUCAAGAGGCCUGGGGUAGAGAUCUGUGAAGUGACCAUCCUGGAGAACGAUGAGCCAAGAGGCAUAUUUCAGUUCAAUGUCACUAAGGGUGAAAAUGGAGCUGUGAUAGGCUAUGAGGUUCCUCCUCCACAAAAUGUACUGAGACUCCCUGUUGUCCGACAAGCUGGAAAUGUUGGCCUUGUGACUGUCUAUUGGGAAGCAUUGCUAGUCACUGCAAGUCAUGAAGAUUUCACACCAUGGUUAGGAAACCUCACAUUUUCUGAUGGACAGUCUGUGGGAGUAAUUGAAAUCUUUAUAUUGGAUGACACCAUCAUUGAGUUUUUAGAAACAUUCAAUGUCUCCUUAAAACAAGUGACAAAUGGUGCCACACUUGGCGGAGAAACCACAAUUACAGUCAUCAUCCCCCCAAAUGAUUCUCCUUUGGGAUUGUUUGGCUUUGAGAAAAAAGUAGUCCGCAUUUCUGAACCACAGAGAUCAGGAGACCCAGCUGCUGAAGUGUCUCUGACCGUGGUGCGGAGUCAAGGUGGCCAUGGUGUUGUCAAAAUCAUCUGGAUUGUAGAAGACGCUGCGCAAUAUGACCUGAGCCCACUAAACGGCACUCUUAUCUUUAAUGAGAGCGAUACCAAAAAGACAUUCACAAUCCAGGCUAUACAGGACGGCCUACUUGAGGGAGAAGAGACGUUCACAGUUCAGCUGGUGUCAGCAGAGUAUUCUGUCAUCUCUCCUGUAGACGGAGCAGCCACUGUUAUUAUUUUGGGAGAUGUUGGAGCGUCUGGCAUAGUCGGUAUAGCACCCACAUCCUUUCAUGUUCUCAUUGGUGAACCAUCUGCAAACUAUAAUGGUACAGCUCAUGUCAGUCUGAUCCGAGGUCCAGGAAUUUUUGGUGACGUAACAGUCUACUGGAACAUAACUCCAGCAAACCCUCAUGAGUUUUUAGAGACGUCAGGAAUGUUGACACUGAGAGACAGGCAGUCUGCUGCCAUAGUCAUUAUACAGGCUCUUGAUGACAGUGUUCCAGAAGAAAAAAGCUACUAUCAAUUCCAUCUAAGCAAAAUCAGUGAAGGGGGAAUAAUAAAUGAAUCGGCUAGAUUUGCCAAUAUCACCAUGGUUUCCAGUGAUCUCCCAUAUGGAAAGUUUCAGUUUUCACAAACACUGCUGCAAAUAUCUGAAGACGUGAGAUGGGUAAAUGUGACUAUCUCUCGUUCUGGUGGUACUUUUGGGGACGUUGAGCUCCAGUACCAAACCAAUAGCGGAUCAGCAUUAAAGGACUUGGACUACACAGACAGCAAAGGAAAACUUGUGUUCAGACCAAAUGAAACAAAGAAAAGUGUUUCCAUAGAAAUUAAAAAUGAUCAAUUGCCAGAAGGACCUGAAGAUUUUUUUAUCAUUAUCACAGAAGUUGCUCUUCUAGGAAGUGGCUAUGACCAUGCUGUUAGAGAGAAUGGACUCCGGAUUGACGAACCUCCUUCAAUAGGGAACAAUUCUGUAAUCCGAAUCAUUAUUCUAAUAAACGAUAAUGCGGAAGGGGUCAUAGAGUUUGAUCCACUGUUCGUUUCAUUACAAGUGGAAGAAGAUGUAGGGACAUUACUGAUUCCAGUUUUGAGAAUACAUGGAACAUAUGGAUACGUGACAGCUGAUUUUCUCUCUCGAGGCAUUUCUGCUUCGCCCAAUGGCGUAGACUACACAAUCUCUAAUACUUCAGUCACAUUUCAUCAUGGACAAAAUAGGAGCUUUAUCAACGUCUGGAUUACUGAUGAUGAAGAAAGUGAGUUCGCUGAGCAGUUUGAGAUUCGCCUAGUGGGAGCGAGUGGAGGAGCGAUUCUGGGCCAGAACAUUGUGUCAGUCAUUACAAUAGCUAAAAGUGACUCACCAAAUGGAGCCGUGAGGUUCCUCAACCAGAGUGGCAUAACAAUUCCUAACCCUAAUGUAACCACCGCCAUAUCAUUGAUGUUGGAAAGAAUCAGAGGACACACGGGAGAGGCUCAGAUUAUGUGGCACAUAUUAGGACCAAACUCUAAAGCCAUCUUGACCUCUGGUAACGAGGACUUUGGUGAACCUUUGAAUGGAUCUUUCCAUUAUAAAGAUGGAGAAGAUGGAGUAAGAAUCAUUACCCUAACUAUUCUGCCUCACGGAGAAAUUGAAGUCCAGAAAAAAUUUAUUAUUGUAUUAAGCGUUGCAAAUGGGACUACCGAGAUUGAUCCAAAAGCUGGAAAUGUGACUCUAACAAUACAGAAAUUUGGAGAUCCAAAUGGAAUUGUACAGUUUGCAGCGGAGUCACUUCUAAAGAAGAACUAUACAGAACCAGAAAACACUGAGGGCCCUUUAAAUAUAGCUCUUAGUAUUAAAAGAAUUCAGGGGACACUGGGAAACCUUACGGUAUAUUGGCAACUGACUAGUGCCUCAGACAUUCUUGGUGAUUUUACAAUGACUUCUGGAUGGGUUGUUAUUCCCGAUGGUCAGAAUGUUGCACAGAUAAUUCUUCAGCUCUUACCAGAUGAUGUGCCUGAACUCGAGGAGACUUAUAUGGUUCAGCUGACCUCUGUAGAUGGAGGGGCAGACUUGGAUGAGAGCAAAGGUGUGGUAUGGCUUACUGUAUUGGCGAAUGAUGAUCCCUAUGGUGUUUUUUUAUUGGAUCCCGCAAGUCAGAGCAUUUUUGUCAACAGUGACAUGGGUCGCUAUGUACAGGUUAAUGUCACAAGGCUUGCUGGAACGUUUGGCAACGUCACUGUGCAGUAUCAGAUAUCCUUUGGAAAAUCUGAACGAGAUAAUCUAACAGGAACAAUUGAGGGGAAUGUGCUCGUUCGAGAUGGUGCAAGCUAUGGAGUUAGUACAGUGCCAAUCAGCAACCAGAUUUUCCUUUCACCUGGCUUUAAUUUUACCCUUGAGUUGACAAAUGUCACACUAAUGGGUAUAAGUGCUUUUGGAAAACCCCAUAUACAUAAAGGACAGAAUCCAACUCCAGUAAAAGUACCUACGGAGGCUGCCAACUCAGAGAUUGGAUUUGAAUCAGUUGCUUUUCGACUUACAAAUAUCACAUCAGGCAUGGGACACGCAGUUAUAUACAGAGCAGGGUCUUAUGGUGCUGUAACCAUAAAUUGGAGAACUGGAUAUCCCACUGGACUCAUGCCAAAAAACAUCCGUCUUGGUAAACUUAUGCCAGAAUCUGGGGUUGUUGACUUUAAGCAUGGAGAAGACAGGAAAACAAUACCACUAUACUUGGAGGCAAAUACUAGUGGGCCAGAAGGUUUUGCUUUGCAGCUAACGGGAAUGAGAAGCAGUGUACCUAGUGGAGCACGUCUGAAACAAGGCUUCACUUUUGCAGAAAUUGAACCAAUGGGAGUUUUCCAGUUUUCACCUAAUUCCACGUACAUUGUGGUGCAGGAAGACAACCAUACAGUGUCACUACAUGUUCAGAGGCUGUAUGGCUUCCAUGGCAACAAGACAAAAGUUACUUUUCAGACUAUUUCAGGAAGUGCCAAACCAAAAGAAGAUUAUGUGCCGAUUGACAACGGAGAGGUGAUAUUUGAACACUACCAAACAAGUUCUAUAGUAAAAGUUACCAUAAUCAAUGAUAAAAUAUAUGAAACAGAUGAACUAUUUUACAUCAACCUAACAUCUGUGGAAAGUAUUGAUGCUUUCCAUGAGAGCCCUCGAUUACAUCUCGACUUUAGUCUUUCAACCAUACAAAUUUUAGCAAAUGAUUUCAUGUCUGGAGUCUUAAGCAUUGGACCUGCAAUAACAUAUAUAGAUGAAGACUCAAAUCAUAGUGCGCUAAACCUAGUCACCAUUCACGUAAGGCGCACCCACGGUUCUAGCGGCAUUGUUCAAGUCAUGCUAACAACUUUUGGAGCUCGGAAAGCACAAAUUGGUCUACAGGGACUUCCUUUUGAACAGAGCCACGGGUCCAAAAAUAUUUCAUGGGCUACUGAAGACUUGGACUUUGAAGCUCAGGCUAUGCUUAUCACACUGCUGGAUGGGCAGAAUGAAGCCGAAGUUUCACUGAGGAUAAUAGAUGAUGAAGAACCUGAAGGAAUGGAAAUGUUCUAUGUGUUUCUCACAGAUCCUAAAGGAGGAGCUCAGAUAAUGGAGGGUAAAGAUGAGAGUGGAUAUUCAUCAUUCUCAGCCAUUGUUAUUCAAGGAAAUGAUAUACAAAAUGGCAUCUUGGGAUUCUCUAUGGAGUCAUUAGAUGGUCUUGUGCUUGAUGAAGACUCAGAAGAUAGGACGACUCAGUUGAAAGUAUCAAGACAAGCAAACAGGGCAUUUGAAGACGUGAAGAUCUAUUGGCGUGCCACCUUUAAUAGAACUUUAGUUGAACUUUCCAGGGAUAAUGUGAGCCUGGUUAAUGAACUGCAGGCGGUAUCAGGAUAUACCAUCUGCACUGCUGGACAAACACAAUGCUAUAUUACUGUGGAAGUGAAAGACGACAAGGUGCCCGAAUUUGAGACCUAUUUCUUCAUUGAACUCUAUGACGUAAGUGCUGGAGCAUUAAUAAAUGGCAGCACUCGAUUUGCCAAAAUUAUAAUCAUUGAGAGCGACUCCCCGCGGGGCCUGAUUUUCUUUGCUGUGGGAUCUCGAGUGGCCGUCACACACAAGAAAACAACUUUAAUCAGCCUGCAAAUAUCCAGACAACCCAACUCAUUCCAGUCUAUUUCUUUUGCAUAUAUUAUUAUGGAACUGAAAAGACCUGAAGUGAUUGGACAUACAGUGGUUUACCCGGCUGUCACAGGACAGGAUUUUGUAGGCUCUGAGGGGAAACUUACCUUUGAGCCAGGACAAAAAAAUAUAGUUCUUGACAUCAGCCUUACACCAGGAACUGCAUCGCUCAAUCCUUAUCCAAAGCUUUUUCAGGUUUUACUUGUAGAUCCCACAGGAGGUGCCAAAAUAGAUAAACUAUAUGGGACUGCCAACAUCACCAUUUUGUCAGACUCUUCUUCUCAGUUUACCUGGGGGUUACUUGACCAACUUCAUCAACCCUUCGAUGAGGUUAUUUUAAACAGGGUUCUCCAGACCCUCAACAAUAAGGCAGGUGCUGAAUUCACACAAGAACAACUCGGUGCCACUAUGAGUAUCCUGGACAAGGUAACAAGGGAAGGGGAAAAACAAGUGCUAAGUGAAGAGAGCCGCAUUUUGUUUUAUGACAUACUCUGCAGCCUUGCUAAUCCAGACCGCUUGGACACACGUGGAUAUAGCCCAUUGGUUAAAAUUGCUGAAGUUUAUGCCUUUUCUCUUCUUACUGGAGUCACCUGUGGGUCCCCAAGCAUAAGAGGGAAGACUCAUUUUGACACGUGCCCCUAUAUUUCUAUAAGUGCCUAUCAUUGGUACCCACAGCAAAUCAAUGGACACAAGUUUGAUGGGAAGAAUGGUGAUUCUAUCCAGCUGCCCGAAAAUGUUUUGUCAGUGUCGCCUGUGAAUACAACCUCAGAUGAAGGCUGUAGAUAUUUGCAGUUUAUUGAAUAUAGCAGCCAGCAAUGGUUUCUCACAGGAGGACAAGAAAGUGCAUUGAAUAACAAGAUUUUAUCAGUGAGUUUGAAUGUUAACACCUCUUACAUCCUGGCUGAUAACAAUGAAGUUGUCUACAGAAUUAAUACAGCUAGUGGUCGUAUUGUUCCUCGCAUGUCCCUUUGUCUUCUGUGGAACCAGGCAUCAGAAAGGUGGCUGUCAAAUGGUCAGCUCUGUAGAGUAGUGUCAGACACAAGUCAGUAUGUGGAAUGUGCUUGUACUCACAUGUCCUCCUAUGCUGUGUAUGCUCACACUGACAAACUCUCCUCCUACAAUGAAGCCUUCUUCUGUGCUGGCUUUAUAUGCAUUUCUGGAUUUACCUUGGCCAUCCUCUCCCAAUUAUUCUGCACAAGGUCCUCCAUGUUUGCAGCUAAGCUUCUCACUCAUAUGAUGGUGGCUUGUUUAGGAACGCAGAUCUCAUUUCUGGCCUCGGCCUAUAUUAGCCCUGAACUCUCCAAUGAAAGCUGUGCAGGUUUAUCGUCUAUCACUCACUAUUUCUACCUCUGUCAGUUUGUCUGGAUGCUUAUUCAGGCAGUAAAUUUCUGGUAUGUUCUGGUGAUGAACGAUGAGCAUGCAGAUCGACGGCAUUUGAUCUUCUUUGUGGUAGGAUGGGGACUUCCUGCAGCUGUCGUUGUCCUGCACCUGGUCAUUCUCAAAAGUAUUUACCACAAGAACAUAACCGAGAUUUAUGGAUUGGUCCAUGGAGACAUGUGCUCUAUUCCGAAUGUCUAUGCGGCUCUCUUUACAGCUGCCCUUGUGCCAUUAGUUUGCCUUGUGGUUGUAGUUGUAGUCUUCAUCCAUGCAUACCAAGUCACACAGCAAUGGAAAGCAUAUGACGACGUGUUUAGAGGCAGACCCAAUGCCACAGAGAUCCCUUUGAUUUUAUACCUUUUUGCUUUUAUAUCUGUGACUUGGCUUUGGGGAGGAUUACACAUGGCGUACAGACACCUCUGGAUGUUGGUUCUCUUUAUCAUUUUUAAUAGUUUGCAGGGUCUUUACGCCUUUGUGGUUUACUUUAUUAUGCACAAUCAGCUAUGCUGUCCGGUUAAAGCCAGUUACAGUAUAGAGAUGGAUGGACAAAGAAGUCCGGCCUCUGCCUUCUUUACACCAAGCAGUGGGAUGCCACCUGCUGGGGCAGAGAUCAGCAAAUCCACUCAGAAUCUUAUCAGUGCAAUGGAGGAGAUUUCAUCAGAAUGGGAGAGAUCUGGUACCCAAGAAAAGCAAAGCCCACAGAACGGUGCGGCCUAUACCCCACCUGGAGGGUACAGCAAUGGUUCGCUGGUCGCUGAUGAGGAAUUACAAGAAUUUGAUGACUUAAUAUUUGUAUUAAAAGCCGGGUCAGGACUGAACAUCAGCGAUACUGAAUCAUGCCACGGAAGUCAAGACGGAGGCAGCAUGGCUAACUCACAAAUUGUGGAGCUCCGGAGGAUUCCUAUAGCUGAUACUCAUCUAUAACUCAUUUUGAUAAAAAACAAAACAAUAUUUUUGUAUUCUUCAUUUUGCACUAAACUAAACUGUGAUGUAAAGUAGUUGCCAGAUAACAACUAGCGAUGAGGACUUGUGCUCUAAGGAGGACGGUUUGGACCACUAAACAUGGUAAUACAGAAGAAACAGCUUGAACUAAAACUGAAUGGACAUAGUGAUGAACAGCUCAUAAAAGUAAUGUUUUUGAUUAACCCUUUUUAUUGUAGUAUGUAAUAAAAAAUAAAAAAAAUUGUUUAUU